GAGGGUUAGUCCCGGCGACAUGCUGUCUCUCUGCCGGAACCUGCUGCGGUCAGUCACCGGUCGGCCCGCUCCCUCCGCCGCCCGCAUGCGCAGCAGCGCCACCUGCCUGCGGGACUUCAUACUGCACAACACCGAGGCGGUGAGCGAGCACCUGACCCCGGAGAUCCGCCUGCGCCUGCUCACUCCCCGCUGCCGGUACUGGCACGUCAGGCCCGAGCUCUGGCCUUAUGGAGAACCUUACUGGGCCAUCUACUGGCCCGGGGGCCAGGCACUAGCCAGGUACAUUUUGGAUAAUCCAGACAUUGUCCGGAGCCGACGCGUUCUAGAUCUCGGGAGCGGCUGUGGAGCGGCCGCUAUUGCUGCUGGAAUGGGCGGAGCCUCUUACGUUCUAGCCAAUGACAUCGAUCCAGUUGCCGGAGCGGCUUUCAGCCUUAACUGUGAGCUGAACCACGUGACGCCUCUGGCCUUCAGCGGAGAAAGUAUUAUGGAGCGGGAGGCAGAAAACUGGACCCUCAUUGUCCUGGGCGACAUGUUUUACGACGAGCCGCUGGCGGAUCUCCUCCACCGGUGGCUGAGACGCUGCAUCGACAAGCACGGGACUCAAGUUCUCAUCGGGGACCCGGGGAGACCUCAUUUUGUGGGUCACCCCAUCCAAAAACAGUUGCGCAAACUGGCCCAGUAUGACCUACCCGAGACGGCCCGGCAAGAAAACUACGGACUGACCUCUACUGCCGUAUGGAGAUACGAACCCUGAACGACCCCACCCCCCCCGGCGGAGGGAGUUCAAUUGAACAAAGAUGGCUGCAGUUGUGUCUUUGUGGCUUUAUAGAUACUAAUAAAAAUCUUUCAUGACAUCUCCGGCUCUCCAAUCCCAGCACCCUCAGCCACACCAUUCCAGCAGAAAUAUUCACACUAAGAAGCCACCUUUAUAAUAACUGAAACGUGAAUUUAUUGCCAAUAAGGC